AUGGAUGACGCAUAUUUAGACGUUGCAGCCGGUUAUGUCGAUGAGUGUAAAAUAACACAAAUUAAUUAUCAGUCGUUUACUCCAUAUUCGAACAUAUCUUUUUCUAAUAACGAUGAAAUUAGGAUAAAUGUUCUGAAUAUGAAUAACUACACAUUACCAUGUGAGAGUUAUCUUUACAUCGAAGGAAAAGUGAAUAAACCUGCAGAUGUCGUUGGAGACAUUUGUUUUUCGAAUAACGGAUUGGCAUUUUUAUUCUCUGAAAUGCGGUACGAGAUAAACGGAAUAGAAGUACAGAAAAUAAAAUCACCAGGAAUUUCGUCUUGUUUGAAAGGAUACUGUUCGUAUACUCCAAACGAUUUACACACUUUGGAGAAUGCGGCUUGGGGACCGAUGACUGACGAUAACAAUAAAAAUUUUAUUACCAACAAUGUAUUUACCGGCUGCGUUCCGCUAAAACAUUUAUUUGGAUUUUUUGAAGAUUACAAAAAAGUAUUACUUAAUUCUAUUCAACAAUUGAUUAUCAAUCGCUCGUCUACCGAUUUUGACACUAUUCAUGUUGUGGGUUCCGGAGAUAAUAACGUCGAGAAAAAUAAAAAAAUUACAAUUGAACUUACCAAGAUAAUAUGGAAGAUGCCUAUCAUAAAAGUUACUGAUAAAGAAAAAUUAAAGCUGUUAAAAAUAUUGGAUUCUCAUAUGACAUUAUCAUGA